UGGACGUCCCGAAGGAGCGGCCGGUAGCUCUUCUCCGGAAGCUUGCGCUACCUGCUUGGAGGAGCUUGCGCACUGGGGACCCCACCCUUUGGAUCACCUGUCGGGACGCCCCGCCCACUUCGUUUGCGCAUGCGCACUGUGUGCUGCCUGGCUCGGAGUCACGUGUUAGGCCGUGAGCAGUCUCCAGGCAGGCGCUUCCUACCUCCGCUGCCGCCCCGGGCCCGCGGGAGCCCAGGGCGGUGCACGGCCGCAGAAGGCCCGAUUUCGGUUCCGGAUCUGCCGCGAGAUAAGCAUCUAAGCUGCGAAGAGAUGCCAGGCCCAAGACCUCGGAAGGGUCCUCAGGCCAGUGGUCAGGGUGUGGCAGCUGCCAGGCAGCUGGGCCUCUUUGUGGAGUUCAACCCUGAGGACAUGCUACUGGGAACAGAAGAGGCCGAAGAUGACGGGGACCUAGAGGCCGAGCUGCUGGCCCUCACUGGAGAGGCAGGGACCCCAGGCAGGAAGCCAGUGCCCAAGGGGCAGGCCCCCCUGCCCAUGGCCCAAAUCGAGAAGUUGGCGGCUGACUGUAUGCAGGAUGUGGAGGAGGAGGAGGAGGAAGGGAUGGAGGAGGAUGCAGACCUGCUGACUGAGCUGCGGGAGGUGCUGGGUGCAGAGGAGGAGAAGGAGGCCAGGGCCCUGGAUGGUGACGAGGCAGCCAGCCCGGGUGGCCCUGAGGAGGAGAAGGGGCAGGAGAAUGUUGACCCCCCAGUGCAGACAGCUCUCCUAACAGCGCCAGCUCCAGCAGCUCAGGCUGAAAGGCCUGAGGGGCUGCAGGCCCUGCUGGAGGAGCGGAUCCACAACUAUCGGGCAGCAGUGGCCAGUGCCAAGGAGGCAGGGGAAGCAGCCAAGGCGAGGCGCUGUGAGCGUGGCUUGAAGACUCUGGAGUCUCAGCUGGCUGCUCUGAUGAAAGGCAGGAAGAUCAAUGAAGAUGAAAUCCCUCCUCCAGUCGCCUUGGGCAAGAGGCCUCCAGCCUCCCAGGAAGCAGUCAGGAGGAGCCCUGUGGCAGAGCCCCCACUACUCCCGGCUGUGGAACCAGACACCUCUUCCCAGCCUGAGACAAGCCCUCUGGAAAGUCCUGGCAUUUCUGCCCCAUUGGAUUCAGACCCAGACCCAAGGGCUCUGCUGUUGGCCCGACAGCGGGAGUACAAGGUGGCUGCACUCAGUGCCAAGCGGGCUGGAGAUCUGGAUCGUGCCCGAGAGCUCAUGAGGAUUGGGAAGAGAUUUGGUGCUGUCCUGGAGGCUUUGGAGAGGGGGCAGCCCGUGGACCUGAGUGCCAUGCCCCCAGCACCUGAGGAUGUGAAGCCACAGGCUUCCAAGGCCCCCACAGCACCCUCAGUCAUACCCCCGGCAGUGGAGCGAGUACAGCCAGUGAUGGCCGCUGAUGCCCCAGCAACCCCAGCGGCCCCUGCGGAGCCACAGACGGUGCUGGAUGCCCUGCAGCAGAGGCUCAACAAGUACCGGGAGGCGGGCAUCCAGGCCCGGGGCAGUGGGGAUGAGCGCAAGGCCCGGAUGCACGAGCGCAUCGCCAAGCAAUAUCAGGAUGCCAUUCGGGCGCACCGAGCGGGACGGAAAGUUGACUUUGCUGAGUUGCCUGUUCCACCAGGCUUCCCUCCAAUCCCUGGCCUGGAGCCCACUGCGGGCACUGCGGAGGAUGCAAUGGCAGCUACUCUUGCAGCUGCCCAGAAACUGGCCACGUCAGAGGAUACAGCCCCAGCAGAGGAAGAUGAGGAGGAUGAGGUUUGGCUCAGAGCCCAAGACCCAGGGGCUGGUGGAGGAAACAGGGUAAACCCAGACCCAGUGCUUGACAUUAUCCGUACUAACGAGCCCAGUGAGGAUGAGCCCCCAGCCCAGGCCCCAGUGGCAAAGAAGCCGGCACAGCCUCUGGUCCCUUCAUCCCAGCCACUGCCUGAGCCCAAGGCCUCAAGUUCUAAGGAGUCACUGAGUCCAUCUGUGCGGGAGCAGCUGGUGCUGCUAGAGGCGCGGAAACUGCAGUACCAGCGGGCAGCCCUGCAGGCCAAGCGUGGCCAGGACCUGGAGCAGGCCAAGGCCCAUCUGCGGGUGGUCAAAGGCCUCGAGGCCCAGAUCCUCCAGGCCCGAGCUGGUCGCCCUGUCAGCCUCUCCAAGGUGCCUUCACCUUUGACGGAUGAGGAGGGUGACUUCAUCCUCAUCCACCAUGAGGACCUGCGACUCUCCCAGAAGGCUGAGGAGGUGUACGCCCAGCUACAAAAAAUGCUUCUGGAGCAACAUGAGAAGUGCCUGCUAUUCUCCAAGCAGUUCAUGCACCAGGGCAAUGUAGCUGAGACCACCCGGUUUGAAAAGCUUGCUCAGGACCGCAAAAAGCAGCUUGAGAUCCUGCAGCUGGCCCGGGCCCAGGGCCUCGACCCUCCCAGCCACCACUUUGAGUUGAAGACGUUCCAGACUGUAAGGAUCUUCUCAGAUCUCAACAGCACAGAAAUGCAUCUGAUCAUUGUCCGGGGAAUGAACCUCCCAGCUCCUCCAGGGGUGACCCCUGAUGACUUGGAUGCUUUUGUGCGGUUUGAGUUCCACUACCCUAACUCGGACCAGGCUCAAAAAAACAAAACAGCUGUGGUGAAGAACACAAACUCUCCAGAAUUUGAUCAACUCUUCAAACUAAACAUCAACCGAAACCACCGGGGCUUCAGGAGGGUGAUCCAAAGCAAAGGAAUCAAGUUUGAAAUCUUCCACAAAGGGUCCUUUUUCAGAAGCGACAAGCUGGUCGGCACAGCACAUCUGAAGCUGGAGCGGCUGGAGAAUGAGUGUGAGAUCAGAGAGAUUGUGGAGGUCCUGGAUGGAAGGAAACCCACGGGGGGGAAGCUGGAGGUGAAGGUGAGGCUGCGGGAGCCUCUGAGCGGUCAAGACAUGCAGAUAGUCACCGAGAACUGGUUGGUCCUGGAGCCCAGGGGCCUGUGAGAACUCCAAGUACUCGAGUCUGAGAGAAAGGCUACAAAUCACAGUUCUCAGCAGCCAUCAUCAGCAAGACCUAUGGAGAGGCAGAUGUAGGAUGUGACCUCCUACCACAUGGAGAGAGAUGAACCUGCCUAGACACGCUUCCCAGGCCAGGUCUUUGGGGCUCUGUUUGAAAAACAGCUGCUACCCUAAGCUCCACAGCCUCAAUGGUUGCCAAGUCCUGGAUCCAGCUUCAGCGAUGGGGAACAGGUUCUCACUGUCCCAGAGGCCUGUGUUAGCUCCCAGGGGAUCCAUGGAGCUGUGCGCUUUUACUGCGGAGGGACUGACUCCAGCCUGGCCUGGGCUUUUAGUGAUGACAGCCACACAAGGCGUGAGUUGCCCUAAAGCAGUGUUCUUCAAACUUAGUUGUGAAAUCCAUUUGAUCUGUGGCCAAAAUAAAUUUUUAAUCAACGAGAAAAUGACCAGUCACAUAUAUCAUGGACAAACCAGAUCUUGAUUUCUAAUACUUGUGUCCACUGGGGAAAAAAAGAGCUCCUUGGAGAAAUGUCCGAUUCUGGGGCUGGGGGAGAGCAAGUACAAGAUGAGCCUGGAGUACCUUAGGCCAGAAAAGGAAGUGCUCAAAAAAGUCAUGGAGACAGACACAAAAACAUAGAAGCCAGCCUGAGGGGGCUCCCACUGGCCAAAACAGACCGUAUGAGCACUAAAAUAAUGAAACUACUGAAAAAAUAAUGUGUCAGUCCAUAGCGAAAAUUUAAUGAAUAGGGGAAAAAGAAGGGCUUUUGCUUAAAGUAGAUCAUCAAGUGCCAGCUGUGAAGGGUGGAGGGAGUGAUGGAACUGGAAGACCACUAUUUGCAACCAUCACAGUAAAAGAUUAGGUAAGAAACAUCAGUGGAUACUUCAUCUAAAAUGAAAUUCUGAUAAGCAAAAUUACAUGGUCUGAAAAUGUCUCCUCACAUACUGCUUAUUAGUUACAAGGGGAAAAGUCAUACAGUGGAGAAAUCAGGCAGCAUCUUGACCAGACGAUCAAAAUUUACCAUCAGUGAGGGGCAGAUGAGUAUCAAGUGCCCCAGAUGUGAUGUCCUGAAAAGGAAACAUCAUCACGUAGGUAGGGGUCCGGCCAAGAAGGCACAGUGAACGUGCCAAUCAUGAGGAAUGUAAGCCCUGGUGGCACAGUGGUUAAAGCACUUGGCUGCUAACUGAAAGGUUGGCUGUUCAAACCCACCAGCUACUUCCCGGGAGAAAGAUGUGGCAGUCUGCUUCCGUAAAGAUUACAGCCUUGGAAACCCUAUGGGACAAUUCUACUGUGUCACAUGGGGCCGCUGAGUCAGAAUCAUCAUGAGGAAACAUCAAACUCAAAAUGAGGUCUUUUCUACUAAGAAAUGGACUGGGAAGCUCUGCUCACCAAAAAUAUCAGUGACAUGGAAGAUAAAGUCAAUGAAAACCUUUCAGAUUAAAGGAGACUGAAGUGUCAUGACAGCUGCAUGCCACGUCUGAUCCGACACUGGAAGCUUUACUGGAGGAGGAAAUUCUCUGAGGGAUGUUGUUGGAUCAUUUGACUACUGGAAGAGAGAAAGUAUAUCAGUGUUAAAUUGACUGAAGCUGAUUAGCUGUCUUGCGGUUGGUUAUAUAAGCCCAAGCCAAGCCCACUGCCAUCAAAUCAAUUCCGACUCAUAGCAACCCUAUAAACCGAAAAAAAAAAACCAAAAAACCCA